AUGUUGAAUAAAAAUAAAACAAAUAAUAUUGAUCGAGACUCAGUCCUGCAUCAGUAUCAAUGUAGUUUUGUAGCUCCAGUCUCGUCAAUUGAGACAAAAGCGUCUUCUGAUUAUUAUAAAACUUCAUCUACCAAUAUUACAGGAAAUGAAGCCAAAGAGUUUUACGAGAAUCUUGUUAAAGAUAAAUCCAAUGACAAAAAUUCUAAAACUACUUGUGACACUACAAAAUGUCAUGUUAAAGUCAAAGAAGAAGAAGAAGAAUACAAUUUUGGUGGUAAUCUGAUUCCUGCUGAUGAUACUAUCGUGAGACAAUUAGUAAAUAACUUGCUGAGAGCCUCGUCAUCUGGAAAUAAAAAUAGUGUUGUUCGUUGCAUUAAAAAUAUUAAAGGGUACACUGAUUUUAAUGCAAUUUUGAAUGGACAAGAUGAAUUCGGUUGGAAUGCAUUGAUGUGUGCAGCUGCUGAAGGGCAUUUACAUAUAGUAAAAUAUUUGUUGAAAGAAGGUUGUGAAUAUAAAAAUGUGACUGAUAAUUCGGGUAUGGAUUUAUUUGAACUUUGUGAGCUAAAAAAUCAAUUCGGAAUUUAUGUUUACUUGUUAGACAAUGAAAAUAAGUAUAAUAAUUGUAAAACUAACAGUUUUAAUGGUAGCAUUAAGUCAUCAUGUCAGACAUCAACAUCAGUCGAUUGCAGCCGAAAUAGAAAAAAAACUAAAAUGAUUAACAAAGAUUCAGGAGAAACAUUAUUAAAAUGUGAACUUUGUGAUUCAAGCUUUCAUCAAAAUGAGCGAAUUCAGCAUGAAUCUUCAGUAAUGCACAUAUUUAAUGACAAUAAAAAUGUUGUUAAAAAUAUUUAUGGAAUUCCAGACACUAACAUUGGUUUUCAAAUGAUGUUGCGUAGUGGGUGGAAUUCCAAUGUUGGACUUGGCCUGGAUGGCUGUGGGCGUAGAAACCCAGUGAAACCAGUAAUAAAACAAAAUAGACAUGGACUUGGUAUGUUAAAAAAUGAUAACAAAUUUUGUCAUAAGACUCAGUUUUCCGAUAAAAAGAAAAAUUUAUUAGAAAGUAGUCAAAGAGAAAAAGAUAAAAAAUGGGAAAUGAAUAUGAGGCGGUAUAUGUCUUCUGAUUUCUAAUGUUAUUUUUUAAUGGCAAAAAAUACAAAUAAUUAAUGGAAAAUGUAUAUUUAAAAUUUUGGUCAAGUAAAUUAAUUUUUUUUGCUAAUAAAUUGUUCAUUAAUCAAUCAAAUGUUUUGCUAUAUUUGUUUAUUUAUAUUUUCUAGUUUUUAUAAAAUUUAAU